AUGUCCGCCGACGACAAACGGCCCAGCCUCUCCGGCUCGGACGUAUCGAAGAAAGCCACGAAGCUUGGUGUCGUGUCCGGUGUCUAUAUACCUGUCUACCUCAACAUCCUGAGCAUUCUCAUGUUCCUGCGAUUCGGCCUCAUCCUUGGGCAGCUCCCAGGCCUGCUCAUCACAGCGUAUCUCGUCGACUUCUUGACCACGCUGUCUCUAUCUGCCAUCGCGUCCAAUGGCGAGGUCAAGGGCGGCGGUGCCUACUACCUCAUCUCGCGCUCUUUGGGACCCGAAUUCGGCGGCUCGAUUGGCGUCUUGUUCUAUCUCGCCCAGGUGCUCAACACGGCCCUCAACGUCGUGGGCCUCAUCGACUGCAUCAGGAUGAACCUGGGACCUGCCUUCCCUCAGGGCUACUGGACAAUCUACGGCUUCGAAACCGCUGCUUUGCUCGUCUGCACCGCUCUCGGCUUGGCCGGGAGCAGCAUCUUUGCCAAGGCGAGCAAUGGCCUCCUCGUCAUCUUAACGUUGGCCAUACUGAGCAUACCUGUUUCGGCCAUCUUCAAGACCCCUUUCCAGGAUGACGACCUGGGUAUCGAGUUCACGGGCGUCAGCCUACAGACGCUGAUAGACAACUUCGUCCCCCACACCCAAGGCGCUGCGUACAAGGGGUUCGAGACAUUCCGCGAGCUCUUUGGCAUCCUUUUCCCGGCCACAUCCGGCAUCUUUGCGGGUGCGUCCAUGUCUGGUGACUUGCGCAAUCCAAGCAAGGCCAUUCCCAAAGGCACGCUCUGGGCCAUGCUCACCACGUUCAUCGCCUACUUGGUCGUCAUCUUCUCCCUCGCUGCGAGCACCACGCAUGCGUCGUUCCUUCGCAACACCAAUGUCAUCUCUCUGACGAAUCUUUCUGCCCCUCUGAUCCUCGCAGGAGAGUGUGCCGUCACGUUCUUCUCCGCCGUCAUGGGUCUCAUUGGGGCGGCCAAGCUGAUGCAGGCCCUCGCCCGAGACCAACUUUUGCCCGGCCUCACCGUGUUCGGCAAGGGGACCAAAAAGGCGGAUGAGCCUGUUGUGGCCAUCAUGUUGACAUAUGCCAUUGCCCAGAUAGCCAUGCUUGCCAACUUGAACCAGAUCGCCACCUUGAUCUCCAUGGGAUACCAGAUGACCUUCUUCGUGAUGAACCUUGCCUGCUUCCUACUCAAGAUUGGGUCAGCACCCAACUUCAGGCCAGCUUUCAAAUUCUUCAGCUGGCAGACCGCAUUCGCUGGCAGCAUCUUGUCGGCCGCGGCCAUGUUCUUCAUAGACGACUCAUACGCGGCAUCUGCCGUCUGUCUGCUCGUGUUCUUGUUCUCGUUGAUUCAUUAUCUCAGCCCGCCGAAGAGCUGGGGCGACGUCUCGCAAAACCUCAUCUAUCAUCAGGUCCGCAAGUAUCUGCUCCGACUGCGGCCGGAGCACAUCAAGUUCUGGCGGCCCCAAAUCAUUCUCCUCAUCAACAACCCAAGAUCCCAGACUCGGCUGAUUCAGUUUUGUAACUCCAUGAAGAAGGGGUCACUCUACAUCCUAGGCCACGUCAUUGUCACCGAUGACUUCAACACCGGGGUGCACGAAGCCAGACUGCAGCAAGCUGCGUGGACAAACUACAUCUCAGAAAAGUCGAGGAUCAAGGCAUUUGUCCAAUUGACCAUGUCGCCUUCGAUCAACUGGGGCAUCCGAAACUUGAUCUUGUCGGCAGGUCUUGGCGGCAUGAGGCCGAAUAUUGCCGUCAUGGGCUUCUACAACAUGGAUGAGCUUCGCAACUCCCGUCCUGCUGUCAAGGUGCCCGAAGUUCCAGCAUCUCCCACGAAGACACAGAAAUCCCCCUUGAAAUCGAGCAAGGGGCCGCGUAGACGUCGCGGAGAUACUUCUGCGCGCCUACUCGAGGGCUUCCUACCUACCGACGUCAUUCGAACGGAGAGCAUGAUGAGUGUGACGAGUUACAUGACAAUGUUGGAAGACCUCGCCCUACGGUACAAGCUCAAUGUCGCUGUGGGCAAGGGCUUUCAAGCUCUGGAGACACCCCGAAAGGACAGGGCCAAUACGAAAAAGUACAUUGACCUGUGGCCGAUACAAAUGUCCGCCGAGCUCCUCUCCGACGGCAAGAGCGUACUGACAACGAAUUUUGACACAUACACCUUGAUCCUGCAAUUGGGCUACAUACUGGAGAGUGUGCCGGCCUGGAAGAGCGCAUAUGACCUGCGUGUCAUGGUAUUUGUGGAGUAUGAGAGUGAGCUUGCGGAAGAACGGGCCAGGGUGCAGGCACUUCUUGAUAAGCUCAGGAUCGAGGCCGAGGUCCUCGUAUUUUGGCUGGCUUCGGGCGAGUUGAAGACCUACGAGCUCAUCAUCAAUGGGCGCUCGGAUGACGUCGACACGGAUAUCGUUGUCAAUGACGUUCUCUCGAACGAGGAGUGGUGGGACGAUCUUCAAAAAUUCAGGGGUCGCGCCUCCAACAUGAGCUCCAGUCAAGAACUGAAAUCACUGGCAAGUAUUGUCGAAUCAACUGCAGGCCGACCAGGGGUUUUCAAUCCGCACGUGCCGCUGGACGAGACUGGCGGCAAGCGACGCACGAGCAUGGUCCAUCUGGGGGAUAUCCCACGCAAGACGCAAGCGUCUAGACUGGGCCGGCUCGGCGUGAGCAUGGGGAUUCACACCUCACAUCUUGGGGACGAAGUUUUUGGAGAGGAUGACGAUGUCUUUGACGAAGAAGACAUGGGCGGAGGAGAGAAUGCGGUCGACAGCUUCGACUCUGACUCGGAUUACCGCCAUGUCGAUGAACCAGCCAGCGAAGACGAGGAUGGCGUCGUAGACAACAGCGAGCUCGCGAGACGCCCUCUUCUUUCUAUCAAAGGUGGUGGCAGAAGUCAGAGCGAUGACCUGCUCACUAAAAUGCCGUCCGCGAGGAAACAUACAAAGACACGCGGUGUAGGAAGAGGGUCGGCGUAUGGCACCAUGUCCACCGAAACAACGGCGAACACACUAUACAACAAGGGAGCAUCUCACGUCGAGAUCGAUGACGGUCAGCCAGACUCGUCCGUCGUGAACACGUCCGAACCUUCGAGGCUGCCACGAACCCUGUCAAGCAGAUCGCUGCAACCGCCCACGCCUGGAGAUGCCUUCCCAUCGCUCCCGAAUGAGACGUCACAGGACGCUUCUGGCGUGCCCACCCCGAUGCGACCACAAUUCUCCCGCCAGUCGUCGGCCGCACGCUUCUCCAGCCGACCAGUGCCAGAGACCAAGGUUGCAGUCGAAGGCAACUCGGGCCCGACCAUCAUGUUCGCCGAGCCCACCGCGGGACCCUCCCGGCCAACCUUUUCGCGGCAGUCCUCCAUGGGCAGGUUCCCGACCCAGCCCAGCGGCGACACCAAAAACACCACCGGCUCCUCCACUCCGGGCAUCACGUUUGCCGAGCCGGUAUACCACUCCCGGCGACCGUCGCUUGUUUCGACUGUUGAUCCCGGCGACGUCCAACUGAACAUGGCCGAGAUUAUCGAGCGCUACCGCCUCGAGGCUGGCCCCCACGACUCGGACGAGAGCGGCGGUGCCACCUACUCGACGCAAGGCGUGGCUCUUUCAUUCAACGACCUGCCUAGUCGCGCGCAGCACCUCAUUCUCAACGAACUCAUGCGCCAGUACAGUGGCGACGCAGCUGUACUAUUCACCACGCUGCCGAUUCCUGCCGAGGGCACGUGCCGCGACGAGGCAGCGAGCAUUCAGUACCUGUCUGAUGUUGAGGUUCUGUGCCAUGAAUUGCCACCCGUUCUGCUCGUGCUGAGCAAUAACAUGACCGUGACGGUGGGGUUGUAA